CUGACGGGUAUGUGAAACUUUCUUUAUCCAUUUGAAUCCUUCUUCCUCAAAGUUUUAAAACCCUAUUUACUCUGUUAUUUUCAAUCAAUUAGUCUUUAUUUUCCGUCGUCUACCAAGUCUCCCGAUUUUCUUGUCAUAAUAGCCGUAAUUUCAGCCCCAAGUGACAGGUACGAUACAAGAUGAAGAUCAAUCCAUACAAGACAUCCUCCCGGAGGAAAAACAGGAAGGACCACUUCACAGCUCCCUCCCACAUCAGGAGGAAGCUUAUGUCCGCACCCCUCUCUAAAGAACUUAGGCAGAAGUACAAUGUUAGGCGAAUGCCCGUCAGGAAGGAUGAUGAAGUUCAGGUUGUAAGAGGGCACUACCGUGGACAACAAGUUGGCAAGGUCACACAAGUCUACAGGAAAAAGUUCAUUAUCAACAUUGAACGAGUUCAAAGAGAAAAAGCCAACGGCGCAACAGUUUAUGUUGGAAUCCAUCCUUCUAAUGUCGUUAUUGUAAAAUUAAAAAUGGACAAGGACAGGAAGAAAAUUUUGGAGAGGCGCGCAAAGGGCCGAGCAGCUGCCAAGGCCGCUCUCCAAAAGGACAAAGGAAAGUACACAGAAGAGUCCACUGUCAUGGAAACCUCAUAGUUUUGUUUACGUUUUUAAAAUAAAACCCAAAAAACCAA